AUGGGGAAGAAAGUUAUUGCUAAAAGAGCACCACGUGAAAAGAUCCAUAAGCUUCCAGGAUAUCCUAGACCAUCAACGUGCUCUCAAGACCCCACUUUCACUUUCUCACCUUCUCCUCCUACCUCUCCUCCUCGCACUGCUCCCAUGGCGCGGACCAAGACCACGCCACGAUUCCCAGCCCCUGCCAAGCCGACGCCACCACCUAAGGCAGCGCCAACCAAACCAAGUUCCUCGAAACCUAGUUCAUCCAAGGGUAAGCAUCCUGCUGUUGAAGACCCUGUUCCUGAGUCAACAAAACCUAAGCCAAGGUCUGUUCUAUGCAUUCACAAAGAGGAUGAAGAUCAGGCCAUUGAGGAUGAAGAAGAAGCUGUUUCGGAGGAGAAUGGUUCUAAUGCCUAA